AUCACCUUUCAAGUACAACGUAAUUUUUGUACACGCUGCACACACCUCAUGAUUAAUUCUCAAACGCGUCCUACGCGGCGUGCAGAGCGCCAACUGAUAACAAUCAGCACCUUCCUCGUCACACGGGGCGCACACGCACACAAUGAAUUUAUCUGCAUUCGAUUCGGUGCUCAUUGCAUCACGUAGAACAAAGACAUACACGCACAAGUAUCUUAAUUCGAGUUGGAGAUCUCUCCGGCACGUGCAACGUGUUUAGCAAAGAACCAUCAAAUACGGGUGAACACGUGGCGUCGUUGAAUUUGUGUAUUUUUUUAGAGGAGGUAACAUUAGUUUGGUUGUGAGGACUGGCGUUGGGUUGCAAGCCGCUCGCUGAUAUUUUUUUAAAACGACAAGAGACACAAAACACACGAACAUUCUAAACGCGGAUCGAGAGAGAUUCCAGGAGCAGCACCACAUUGCUCGCCGCCCGAACUUUGUUUGAGCUCUCAUCUGCGCGCCUCCGGUGCCCGAUGCAUCGCACCGCCGUGGAACAAAACGCCAUAAACGCCUCUUAAAAAAACGUGACGCGCGCGCGCGCGAACAAAAAUCUAACUUGUAGAUCGUCAGCCAAAUUUCGUCUGCGAGUCCUGCAUUAGGGGAGCUGUGAGCGUGGUUAACGCGGAAUGCACGGUCCUGUGCCGGGCGUUUCUGAGCUUUUGGCACGUUUAAUGGGGUACACCUGUUGAGACCUCCUGCGAAGCUCUCUGGAUCGCCUCGUCGCCUCGGUUCAUGAUGACGGGCGGGAGGAGUGUGAAGGUUGCGGCGUCUCCCCUGGUGCUCGCCCUGCUCGCUCUGCUUGCACAAGGACUUGCCCAGGUGCCGUCUGUAGGGAACCGGCGUCUGGAGAGAGUCCUGCACGAGAAGCGAAGCGCAGAGCUGGACACGAUCUUUGAAAUCAACAAACCGUUAAUCUUCAAUGAGUAUUCCCGUGCAACGUUCCUGGUGGAAGCGGACAUCAUGAGCCCGCUCACGAGGAACGCGAUCGCGAAUUUAGGCUUUAAGUGGGCAAAAUCGGAAGACGGAAAUGUCUACAUCCCUUACGAGAUGUACAACCGCUACGAACCGGAGCAGCAGAGGGUAAUACAAGAGGCCAUGAAUGAGUUUAAUUAUCGAACGUGCGUCAGAUUUGUGCCACGUGACAAUGAAGCCGACUACCUGGCAUUCUAUCCCGUCAUGGGAUGCUACUCGCUGAUGGGGCACCACAGGGGCAUGCAGAUCGUGUCUCUGGACGAGCGCUGCCUGCAAAAGGGCAUCAUCCAGCACGAACUGCUGCACUCGCUGGGCUUCUGGCACGAGCAGGCGCGCAGCGACCGCGACCAGUUCGUGUCCGUGCAGUGGGACGACAUCAUUCCAGGAUAUGAGCACAACUUCAACAAGGAGCAGACCAACAACCUGGACACGCCCUACGACUACGGCUCUCUACUCCACUACAACCGAUUUGCGUUCACGAAAAACAGAAGGCCAACGCUCGUACCGACCCCCGAGACGAACGUGACCCUGGGACAGCGCGAGAAGCUCAGUGACCAGGACGUCUACAAAGUGAACCGGUUUUAUGCAUGCAGAAAACACCUCGAAGGUGCCAUUCCAGAAAACAAGAUGGACAAAAACGUGACGACAUCAACGUCAAAUUCCUCUUCAUCUCACAUUGAAAUAACCAUUGGCAACGACAAUGCCGCUCUAACCACGCCACCUCGAAACGUUUCCGAUUCUACCGGCUCUUCUGUGAGCGACAGCGUUGGCUCUUCUGCACUUCCAGUGAACGUGGCGACUUCCGAAUACGCUUCGCAACCUUUGAGUCCUCCUGGAGGCACUCCAUCGCAAGUACUUUUGUCGUCGACCAUGAUUACGUCUUUAACCACGAUCCCGUCUUCAGCCACAAUCCCGUCGUCAACCACUGCCGGAUUGGACGAGAGUGCCGCUACGGAGACUACGUGUUCUCAAGAUGUCACGAGCCUCCCCGUGCCUGCUGGACACGUAACUGGAACCGCCACGGCAAAAAAUACGACUGCCAUGAUUACAUCCAGUGCCAGUAAAAUAUCUCUUUCAGAUCCCUCUCCAUCGACGAGAAGUGCCCACGAUACAGCCUCGCAAAGCGCUGUGCCUCAAACUACAGAAUUGCCCGGAGUGGAGGACACGGCCAAACCGGACGCUACUAUGCUGCCCGUCGAUAGCUUUGGGUCAACCGACUACGCAACAGGACGGACAACCUUAAAAUCGCAUCCGAUCGCUCGCCCAGCAACAACAACGUCUGGUGAUCAGCAGCCACUGACCACCAACGGUCGGACACAACCGACUACUCCGCCCGGCCAUCGGGUGACCGGCAGGACCAGAAACUUCUCUCUGCGGCACUUGCUGCCAAGAAGCGCCCCGCUCGCCGUGCUGGAUGAGGCUCUCUGUGAGUUCGAGACGAGCUCGCAGUGCCCGUGGGCGCAGUCCAUCGCAGACGACUUCGACUGGAUGCUGGCGUUGGGCAGCACUCCGUCGUGGAACACUGGGCCUCGUGCCGACCACACGCUCGGCCGGUGUGGAACCAGGACCGGGCAUUACUUGUACACGGAGGCCUCUUAUCCUCGGGAAGACGGUCAGACGGCGGUACUCACGAGCCCCCUCUUCCGAGGGCCCAAGUGCAUGACCUUCUGGUACCACAUGAGGGGCGCGAGCAUGGGAACACUGAGUGUACGUCUUGAGUCCACCGAUGGCACCGAUAGGCCAGUCCUGUGGUCCGCCAGCGGUGACCGCGGCAAUGCAUGGCUCUACGCAGAGUUGGGCAUUUUUGUUCCACCACGCCAGCUGUUCAAGCUGCACCUGGAAGGUGUCCUCGGGAGCGGUUUCCAAGGGGACGCGGCAGUGGACGAUGUGCUGGUGUCGUGCGGGAGCUGCGGCAAGGCGCGGCAGUGGCAGCAGCAGCGCCGCCCGGGUUGUGACGGUGAUUCGAGGCCAUAGCAGCCGCCAGGGCGAGAGCGGCCACGGAAGGAAUUUCCGCAGCCAAAUUGCGCGAAACCCGCUCCUGAAUGGUGCCGAAUGUGAGAGCGCUUUUCCAGUGCAAGGUUUUUAAUAAAACGUGCGGAUCUCUCUCAUUGUGGUGGGCUGCGACUGAUGCCACCGCACAAGAAUAAUAAUCCGGAUGAGAUGGUGGAUCCCCGUAUAAAAUGUGGUGUUUGAAGCGAUCUUUUGUUUGUUUUUUACGUCCAGGUUGGAUGAUUUAUAAUGGAUAGUAAAUGCACGCGUGUACUUUAAUUGUCCUCUUCCAAAAAAAAGUGUUUAAAUGUCUUGCAGAAAUCAAAUAAAAUUAUAUUGAUGUGUG